AUGUCGAUGACAAGCUUGACCACGAAAUCAAGAAAACCUGAAGAUGUUGUCAUUGAAGGCUGGCUUCACAAACGAGGAGAACAUGUCAAAAAUUGGCGACCCAGGUACUUCAUCAUCUUCAAGGAUGGAGCUCUUCUUGGAUUUCGAUCAAAACCAAAGGAUUCUGUGCCCUAUCCACCUCUCAACGACUUCAUGAUCAAAGAAGCCGCGACCAUGACAUUCGAGAAGCCCCGUCCGAACAUGUUCAUGGUUCGAUGUCUUCAAUGGACGACUGUCAUCGAACGAACAUUUUACGCAGAUUCACCCGAGUCUCGUGCAAAAUGGAUAAAAGCAAUUGAAGACAUUUCAAAAAGGUACAAGGAUAGCCAAGACGCUCCUGUAGAACAUAUGGAUACUAAUCCACCAACAAUAGACGAGGAUGGUGAAUAUGCGGGAGCAGCACAUGCCAUCAUGGGACAGCCAUCUGCUGGCCCAAACCACUCCGACAUAGAUUUCAGAGCAUCGAUGAUCAGCAUUGCGGAUACAAGUGAUGCUGCGAAACGAGACAAAAUUACAAUGGAGGAUUUCGACUUCCUGAAAGUUCUCGGCAAGGGAACCUUUGGAAAAGUGAUUCUUUGCAAGGAAAAGCGAGAGCAGAAGCUAUACGCUAUCAAAAUUCUCAAGAAGGAAGUGAUCAUUGCUCGUGAAGAAGUAGCUCACACAAUGACAGAAAACCGAGUUCUUCAACGAUGCAAGCAUCCUUUCCUUACGGAACUGAAAUAUAGUUUCCAAGAACAAUGGCAUUUAUGUUUCGUCAUGGAAUUUGCAAAUGGAGGAGAGUUGUUCACUCAUCUUCGCAAGUGUGGUACAUUCCCUGAAUCUCGAGCCAGAUUCUAUGGAGCAGAAAUUGUAAUGGCCAUUGGCUACUUGCAUCUCAACAACGUUGUCUAUCGUGACAUGAAGGAGCUGAGAUACUCAUUCCAAACAGAUGAUCGUCUCUGCUUUGUGAUGGAGUUUGCUAUUGGCGGAGACCUCUAUUACCACCUGAACAAGGAGGUGCAGAUGAACAAAGAAGGAUUCUCGGAACCCCGCGCUCGUUUCUAUGGAGCCGAGAUUGUUCUUGCUCUCGGUUAUCUUCAUGCUAAUAACAUUGUCUAUCGCGACUUGAAGCUGGAAAAUUUGCUUCUCGACAAGGACGGACACAUCAAAAUUGCCGAUUUUGGAUUGUGCAAAGAAGAAAUCAAGUUUGGAGAUAAGACCAGCACCUUCUGUGGAACUCCAGAAUACCUUGCUCCAGAGGUUCUCGAAGACAAUGAUUACGGACGAUGUGUUGAUUGGUGGGGAGUCGGAGUGGUGAUGUACGAAAUGAUGUGCGGACGCCUUCCAUUCUACUCCAAAGACCACAACAAACUGUUCGAGCUCAUCAUGGUCGGUGACCUGCGAUUCCCAAGCAAGUUGAGCCAGGAGGCAAAGUUGCUUCUUCAAGGACUUCUUGUCAAAGAUCCAGCUAAGAGAACAGGAGGAGGAUCAGAAGAUGCUAUGGAAAUCUGCAGACAAGAUUUCUUCAAGUCUGUCGAUUGGGAGGCAAUGUACCGCAAGGAGAUUGAGCCACCAUACAAGCCGAAUGUUAAUUCGGAAACGGACACUAGCUACUUCGAUAACGAGUUCACUUCACAACCCGUUCAACUGACACCUCCUCACAAGAGUGGCCAUCUACCAACUGUUGACGAGCAGGAAGAAAUGCAGUCCAAUUUCACCCAGUUUUCAUUCCAUAACAUUGUGGGGAGUAUCAAUCGAAUAUAUGAAGCCAGUGAAGAGGACGAGAGGAUGGCUGAAUAA